AUGGACUCGUCCGGACUGUUUCGGGUGGAUGGCAUGGUGGCUGUCAUCACCGGUGGUGGAAGCGGUAUUGGAAACGUUAUGGCUAGGGCUUUUGCGGGGGCUGGAGCAAAGAAGAUCUAUAUUCUAGGACGACGACGAGAGACUCUCGAAACGGCCGCCACUGCGCAUCCCAGUAUUAUUCCUGUACAAUGUGAUAUUUCGACUAAGGAUUCCCUCCAAUCCGCAGUUGACUUUAUAACAAGAGACAUCGGCUACGUAAACCUAUUUAUCGCCAACUCGGGUGCUCUCGGUCCACUAGCAUCCUGGACUAGGGGAGCAUCCGUCUCAGAGCUUCGGAAGAAUCUAUUUGAAGACACUUCCAUGGAGGAGUUCAGCAACGCCUUCCACGUAAACGUGACUGGUACCAUGUUCUCCAUAUUUGCAUUUCUCGAACUCUUAGAUGCGGGUAACAAACAGGCCUUGAAAGGGGGGUUCGGAGCUCCGAUAAAGAAAGGCAGUGAUGUUCCUUCGAUCCAGAGCCAGGUUAUCAUCACCAGUAGCAUCUCGGCAUUUAGUCGAACGUUCUUGUCUCCGCCUGCUUAUGCGGGAAGCAAGUCAGCGCUUAUCCAUCUUACCAAGCACACAAGUACGGGUCUCAACGGGCACGGCAUCAGAGUCAAUGCGCUUGCCCCAGGGCUAUUCCCUUCCGAGCUAGCAGCGAAUCUGAUUGGAUCACGCGAUCCAGCUACAGAGUCGGUUGACGAUCCUAAAUUUAUUCCGGCUAGAAAAUUCGGAAGUGAUGAUGAAAUGGCUGGCGCUGUCCUCUAUCUGGCCAGCAAGGCAGGUUCUUUCUGUAACGGAUUCAUCCUCGUCAACGACGGCGGAAAGCUAUCGACCAUGCCGGCCGAUUAUUGA